UCACGUGACCAGUGAGUGGACGAAUCAAAUCUGAGAAUUAUUCGCAUUAUUUCAUUUGUUGCACGACUUGUUUCAUUUUCGUUGUUUGACCGUGCGAAGUUGGACUUUGUCGCCCGUUCGCCCCCCUCGUUGCUGUGAUAAUAUUAAGAAGUAUUAGUUUUAUCUGUUGCUACGUCAUUCGUUUCGGUUAGUUAUCGAUAUAACUUCGUAUUUAUAAUUUCACUGUGAACGCAGCAGUCCGAGUCAGCCGUCGUCUUUGUCAAGAGGUAAUUAUAAACUUUCCAAAAUGCCUAGAAAAGUGUUCGUUGUUGGCGUCGGUAUGACGAAUUUCAUCAAGCCGAGCACUGGCCCCGACUACCCUGAGCUGGGCAAGGAGGCGGUGCUGGCGGCGCUGGCGGACGCGCGCAUCAAGUACUCCGACAUCCAGCAAGCCGUGUGCGGCUACGUGUUCGGCGACUCCACCUGCGGGCAGCGCGUGCUCUACCAGGUCGGUAUGACCGGCAUCCCCAUCUUCAACGUCAACAACAACUGCUCCACCGGCUCUAAUGCCCUCUACCUCGCCAAGAAACUUAUCGAAGGCGGCGUCUCAGAUGUCAUGUUAGCUGUAGGUUUCGAGAAAAUGGCGCCUGGCGCGCUAUCCGCCGGUGUGUUCAAUGACCGAACCAACCCCAUGGACAGACACACUCUCAAAAUGGCAGAGUUAGCAGAACUCACAGGCGCGCCCAUGACUGCUCAAUACUUUGGUAACGCUGCUGCUGAGCACAUGAAGAAGUAUGGCACAACGGAGCUUCACCUUGCUAAGAUUGCAGCAAAGAAUCACCGUCAUGGUGUAAAGAAUCCACGAGCUCAGGGUAAGAGGGAGUACACUGUAGAGGAAGUAUUAAACUCUAGAAGGAUCUAUGGUCCCCUGACCAAGUUGGAGUGCUGUCCUACCAGUGACGGCGCAGGUGCUGCUGUGCUCAUGUCAGAGGAGGCGGUCAUCAAGUAUGGUCUGCAAGCUAAGGCUGUUGAGAUUAUUGGUAUGGAAAUGGCAACGGAUACUCCUGCAGUAUUUGAGGAGAACAGUUUGAUGAAAGUUGCUGGCUUUGACAUGACCGCUCUGGCUGCAAAGCGCUUGUACCAGAACACUGGUAUCUCACCAAAGCAGGUUGAUGUUGUUGAGCUUCACGACUGCUUCGCAGCAAAUGAACUGAUAACAUAUGAAGGUCUUCAGCUGUGUGGGGAGGGUGAAGCGGGCAAGUUUGUAGAUGCUGGAGACAACACAUAUGGUGGCCGUGUGGUAGUAAACCCUAGUGGAGGUUUGAUUGCCAAGGGCCAUCCCCUGGGAGCAACCGGCUUGGCUCAAUGUGCUGAACUGGUCUGGCAACUUCGUGGCGAGGCCGGAGACAGACAGGUGCCGCGCGCCAAGAUCGCUCUACAACACAACUUAGGACUCGGAGGAGCAGUCGUCGUCACCAUGUACCGCAAAGGAUUCGCUGACAUCACCCCCAGGCCGGUCGCCGCCUCCGGCAACCCCGAGGACUUCAAGGUCUUCAAAUACAUGAAGAUUCUCGAAGAGGCCAUGGAAAAUGACACCGAAAACCUCAUUGAGAAAGUACGAGGCAUCUACGGAUUCAAAGUGAGGAAUGGCCCCAAUGGCGCAGAAGGUUACUGGGUCAUUAAUGCCAAGGAAGGCAAAGGCAAAGUGACGUACAACGGCGGCGAGAAACCUGACGUCACCUUCACCAUCAGCGAUGAAGACGUCGUCGACCUCAUCUCCGGCAAGCUGAACCCACAAAAGGCCUUCUUCCAGGGCAAGAUCAAGAUCCAAGGAAACAUGGGUCUUGCCAUGAAACUGACUGAUCUUCAACGACAAGCCGCCGGAAGAAUCGAAUCUAUUCGUUCCAAACUGUAAAUAGGAACCGGUUGUAAACUGGUCUUAGUUCAUAAUAUUGUGGUUACGGACUUGAGGUAGGGGUAUUUUUAUACUUAUGAUAAAAUGUACACAAACUUUUUACUAAGCUGAAUGUUGGGAGUUUCACAAAUGUUGGUCAGAACGAGUCACAAGUGCAAUAAGAAAAGAUUUUACUGCAUGCCUAUAACAGUAAUGAAUAAUGUAUUUAUGGUUAUUUGAUCAUUCCAAAUGAUAUUUAAAUAGAUGAAUGACUAUUAUUGUUAUUAAAUCAGAUUUUUCUAUAA